CCCGGUGGGGCUGGAGUGGGGAGAUUGUCGAAGCCGGGACGGGCGGGGCUGGCACGGUUUCCUUAUUCGGGCAUUCGGUUUCGGGGCUGCUCCGGCCCCAACCUCAAGGAAGGGCCCCUAGGAGAUGCUGUUCCUCUCCUUGGGGAAAAAACACAAACUACAGCAUUACAAAGUUCCCUGACGCCCUGGCCUGGGUGGUGAGGGAGGCGGGGCUGGAGGGCGGUGAACCCAGUGUCGCCUUCCAGCCGCACAGCUAGAGCUCACGGUGCUUGCCCCUACCCCGCCCCACUUCAUUUUCAGGACACAGGCGAGGCGCAAGGGAAGCAACGCUUUUUUGAUGCUUUGAUUUUCUUUGGCAGGUGUUCGGGAGGAAGGAGCAGUGGGACAAUGACCCUUCCCUCCAGGCCCAAGGGAAAGGGUGGUAGACUGUUCCAGAGAGAGGACCCCUCCAGGACCACCCGCGCCCAGCCUGGCGCUGCCAGAUCCCCAAGCCUUGGGUGUGCAGGGGAUGGGGAGAGGGAGAGAAUGGUUGAAGACCUUUCCAGAAGCAGCUCUGCCGGGCCCCAAGCCAGCGCGAGUGGACAAAGUGGAAAGCCGCGGGCCGCGCCCAGAGCUGGAGACGCUGCUGUGUGAGGUGGAGAGCCCCCACUUCUCCUCCAGGCGCCGGCCAGAAGGCUCCCCCGCGCAGGCACCCGCCGCAGCCCCUCGGCCUCGCUCCAACGGUCCUCCACCCCCUACCCCCCAGCCCGGGGGCCCCACAGCUCCCUCCCACCCUCGCCUUCUCCAGGAAAUCAGAUAUCGAUUUCAUUGAACCCAGAG